UAUACAUAUAUAUUAGUUUUAAGGUUUUGGGUUAUUUGGACUGGAUUUUCAUAAAGUUUUGUUUUGGACUAGUGGAAAGAGAACAUCCAAAAUACACAUUUAAGUGUUCAUUUUAUUGCACUUUAUCUAUUUGUGUCUGUAGAUUUAAAUUCCAAUCUAUAUAUUUCACCAAACUUUACAGUUUUAUUCCUCUCUAUAGUCUGAAGGCUUGUUCAUAUAUGAUUCCCACUGAUUUAUACGACAUCUUACUCCUAAAAACAUGGUGAAAAAGUGUUUGUUUUCUGUCUGCUGGCAGUAUUUAUGGAGUGAUAAAAAGAGAAAUCCAAAAUCUCUUCUGGAUAAACCUUGAACUCUAAUAUGACGACAAAAUCAAACAAGAAUUACGAACCUGGAUUUAUCCAGUCUUCAGAUUUAUGUGCUGGAAGUUAUAUUUGAUUAGAUUAUGCCUAUAAUAUCUUUUUGUUAUGUUUUUAACCCCGUUGACUUGCGUGGGGAUUCUUGCCUUAAGUACUAAAAUUACUAAAGCUAAAACUUGAAGAAAAAUAAAUGAAAGCUAAAUAGAAAAAACUGCUACAAAUGACAAUCAAGUAAAGCAAAAUUACUAAGACUUGAACUAAAAAGAAGGCGAGUUUAUAUACGUGUUAUAUUUGAGCGGCUGCGGUAGAGAAAGUGUUUCAGGAGCACAUGUGCUGGUGUCUACAAACUCAACCUGGCGGUGCUCAUCUUUACCACGCUGAGCUCUUUACCGCGGUAAAACCCUGACAUUCACACCUCACAUGAUAUAAACCGAUAGAUAUGAUUAUUCACACGCCUGCCGCUUUCGCUCACAGCUGCUGAUUUGAGGAACAACGUCAUUUUGAUUUUUAUGAAUAGAGUAGAAUUUGGUGAACUUUUGUGUAGCAUUAUUAUCAGAAGCUGUAGUAUAAAAUGAAAAGGUUCACAUCCCAGAACAACCUGACAAUUUCCUGAACAUAAUUUCAUUUUAUACAUAUUUCUUAUUCAUGUGUCCUUUUGCAACAUAGUUUUACAACUUUUUAAAAGUCUAUUGCAGUCGAUGCAUAUAUUCAUCAUCUAACAGAUUUUCAGGAUUAUGUAAAUGGUUGUAGAUAUUAAUAACCAGUUGCAGGUAAAGUGCAUUGUGUUGGUUCAUCCGUCCGUCGCUGAAGGCUCUGUUUGCAUGAGUGAUCGCAGGCGUGUUAAUCAGGUUUCACAGACGCUCAUUAGACUGGAUCAGAGCAGAAACCAGUUCAGCCGGCGUUCAGUCGGAUCCUCUCGGAGUCUAGAACAGCUUCUCGUCUCGGUCUCCGUCUGUCUGAUGGAUGACUGAAGCAGGACAGCGAGCUUCUCAGAUAUCAGCUGGAGACCAUCACAGCGAAGCAGAAGAACAGCACGCUGAGAAGAUCUUCAGACGGCAGAAGCUUCCAGAAUCCAGACGAGGCGCAUCUGGAGCUCCUGGAGCGCAGCGGCAGCGUCUUACGCAGAUCCAUGACUAUCGAGGAGGAGGGCUUGGCCCGGCCUGACGGAUCCGGCGCUCGUAAUAGCUUCAAGAACCACAACAAAACCUUCCACAAACUCUUCCCUGAGAUCCCCGAGACGGAGGAACUGGAACACGUGCACAGCUGCGCCCUGCAGAAGGAGGUGAUUUACCACGGUAAGAUGUUCCUGUCCAGUCGCCACAUCUGCUUCCACUCGUCUGUGCUGCUGAAGGAAACCAAGGUGAUGCUCCACGUGUCCAGCGUUCAGAGCAUAAAGAAGAAACACACAGCCAAGAUCAUUCCCAAUGCCAUCGCCGUCAUCACCACAGACGGACACAAGUAUCUGUUCGUGUCGUUGCUGAAUCGAGAAGCGUGUUUCCAGCUGCUGCGGUCGCUCUGUCUGCAGACGGAGAGCAGCAGGAGAUCCUCCGCAGAAAACACUCCUGAUAUGGAGCUCGACACAGUUUUCAGCCAGUCGAGUCCAGAAGAGAACCCUGAGAGCCGCUGGAGUCGUGCGACAGACGAGAGUCCGGCUCUCCAGCCAGCAGAAGUACGAAGCAGCGAACCGGGCGGAAAGAUGCGCACGCCGGAGCAACACGACACAGCGGUCUCCUGGGUAACCAUGGUAACAGAGAAGGUCAGCUCCGUUCUGUCGUCCAAUGAGACGCGGAGCCUGGACAAACUGCUGCUCUUCUAUGUGAUCCUUGUGAUUCUUCUGCUGUUGUCGUCGGGUUACAUCGGUCUGAGGAUCGUGGCGCUGGAGCAGCAGCUGAGGAUUCUGGGAUCAAUGCAGAAAGAGAACCAGGAAACGUAAGAAGAGCGAGAGUCCUGGAGCUUCGAGAGAAGAAAGAGACACACAGUCGAAGCUGUGAAAGAAUCGAGCCGCAAACACACAGACAUUAAUGCUGGUCAUCCUGACCUCGCUGACCUAUUGAUUUAUCAUAUGCUUCAUCCUGCACUACACUAUCAAACUGAGAUCAGAUGUUUGAGUUUCACACUGAGGUCAAUAUUCAGAUUAUAAACGCUGGUGUUUCUGAUCUGUCUUCAAGUACUUCUGCUACAAACGUCUUGCCUUGCUUUGUCUGAUUACACUAUUAGAUCUGAGAUGUUUAUAGUGUUUUAUAUAAUAUUAAUAUUGUUAUUAUUAACUGCAUUUGUUCUAAUAAUUAUAAUUAUGAGUAUUUAUUUUGAGACAUCUAAAAACAAUAAAGUAUAUUUC